UGAAGAAUGACAUCAUAAUUCUCAUUCAAAUUCUCUGCUGAAAACAUUCAUGAAGGAUUGCGCAAAAGCGUUCUUCCCAAGAAACACUCAUUGAAAUUAUCUACAGAAUGGCCUCCAAAACAACUCUUCCUCAGUCCACUUCUCAAAUCUUAACAACAGUGGACAUUGUCUUCUACACCAUCAUUGUUCUCCUGGGCACCACUGGGAAUUCUUUGGUGAUCUGGGUGGCUGGCUUCCGUAUGAAGCCCAGUGUCACCAACAUAUGGCUGGUCAACCUAUCUGUGGCCGACCUGAUCUUCUGCUUAACUCGAAUCACCUCGCUCAUCAAAAAAAUAUUCUUUGAUCACUGGCCUUUUGGAGAGUUUCUCUGCAAGUUCACUGGCUUCUUCAAGUAUGCCAACAUGUUCUGCAGUGUCUUCCUUCUGGCUGUCAUCAGCGUGGAUCGAAUGCUCUGUGUUUGGCGUCCAGUGUUCACCAGAGAAAGACGGACAUUGUGUGCUGCCCGUGUGGUCAGUUUAGGGGUUUGGAUUGUGGCGGUCAUCUUCAGUUCACCAUAUUUUGUGUACCGGCGGGUUUACCCUGACAAGAACAACUUGAGUUACUGUUCACUGAAGGAGAAAGGAGCUGCAGAGGGCAAUUCAGCAAAGUACGUCUAUUACUACAUACGCUUCAUAUGUGGAUUCCUGUUGCCAUUCCUCGUCAUUCUUUGCUGCUACAUACUAGCUGCUAUUGGUAUUCGUAGAACACGGUUCUCUGGAAAAUCAAGGCCUCUUCGAAUCCUUGCCUUAUUGGUCUGCGCCUUUUUCCUUUGCUGGGCCCCCUACCAUUGCCUUGGGCUUGUCAAGUUUGCGAAUAAAGACAGCCAGGCAGUAAAAUUAGGCUGGGAAAUGGUAUCAAAAUUAGCCUAUUUCAACAGCUGUGUGAACCCAGUGCUGUACUUUUGCACAGGAGUGGAUAUUAGGCAUCGCUGCAACCAAAGCCUGUCCGGGAUUUAUCAAAGAGCUCUCAUGGAGGAAGGCCACACUGUGCAUUCCCAGGAAUGCACAUUGGAAGAAAACUGUAAUUCCGUUCCAAAGACUGCAGGCACAGUGUAUUCUAGAUCUGAGUGCAUGACUAAAGUUUAGAAAAGUUUUGAGUGAGGGAAAUUUGUCAUGUGUUCUUGUCAGAUCUAUCAGAUAACUCUGCACAAUUUUAAUUCAUAUCUAUUUGAAUCAGUUUUUGAUGGUUCUAUCAUUUCCGUCAGAGGUUUCAGAAGU